AUGGAACGCAGAUUAGUUUUAAAUAAUCGAACUAAUAAUGAAAUAACUGACAAUGAUAUGUGCGGUUGGUUCCAUCAACAAUUAAAAUAUUAUAAAUGUCGUCGCGUUCCAUCAAAGAAUUCAAACAAUAACAAACCAAUAUUCUACCUUUUUUUUCGAAAAGAAGAAGAAACAUAUGCUGCUCUUCGAGCAGCAAAAUCAAUAAAAGGAAUCUCGCUGGUUCGAUAUCACCCAUCUAUUCAUAUGGAUUCCGAAUCUCCAUUUCGACCAUUUCCACCAAAACAGAUUAUCAAUCUCUCUCGCUAUGCAUUUAGUAACCGUCUCAAUAAAUUUGACAAUGUGAUGAAUGCACUAAUGUCGAUUGUUUCGCCCAUGCCAACAGUAGUUAUUCAACUUCCUGUUGACCAUGGGCAAAAUGUUGCAAUUAAUUUUAUCUGUAUCCAUGAUGAAGAAUGUAAUGGUGGUACCAUUACACAAGAAACAUCCGAUAUCAAAGAUCAUACUUUCGAUGUGAAAGAAGAAAACAAUUUCGAUGAUGAAAUAAUUGCAGAUAUUUUACAUAACGACAUAAAUAUGUAUACAAGUCCUUUAUCGCCCAUCAGCGGGGAGCCAUCUGAAUAUCAAGAAAGUUGUGAAUUAUGUUUUUCGGAAGAUGAAGAAGAAGAAGAAGAAGAAAGUGAUGAAUUUUAUAUAGAAUCCUUCAGCGACAUUAAUGCUCUUAUUAUGUAUUUAAAAGAAGGCAUAAUAGUAGAUUAA